AUGAAGAAACAUGCUAAGCGAAUGGGCCAGAUUGCUGAAGACUGGGACGAGCACUGGGAAAGAGUUGUGGAAGUUCAUAUUGGGAGCUAUGCUACACUUCCAUCGCUAUGUUGCCGUUCCGUGCUUCAUUCCUCCUCGCUGCAAAUCCUGUCGAAGGUUGAAUACAUUGGUUACAGAGCCAAAAAAAAUAAAUUUAUGAUAGUUAUCACGCUUUUAGGUAGAUUUGACUUAAACGCAACAUCUUUUAAAUGCAGUCACCCUGCUUGUGGAAUAACCGAGGAGGCAUCUGUGCGGAACUAUGUCGAGUCUGGAUAUUGGCCCGGAUCCCCAACAAGAACCUGCACUCUCUUCACACAAACCUACAUGACUCAUUGGUUUCAUACAAAACAUCAAAUUCCGUCAACAGCUGCCAUGAAAUACAUGGAGGUAUCAGGAAAAAUGUCCUCCGAAGGCGGUAGGGUAAGUAUUCAGAAUCCGGUUAUAUACCCUAUAAUGUUUAGAACAGCCAGCAGCCAGUUUUCCUACAUUAACCACAUGAUUGACGUUGACAUAAAGCAAGAUGAGAAAAUGCGAUGUAAAGCAUGCGUUUUACCUUGCAUGUAUAGUCACUUCGACGUGAUCUUUAAACUUUAUCGCUAUAAAGCAGCUAGGAGUGGCCAUUUCAAGUCUCUAUAUGGGGAUUCUGUAAUCGUGAGUGACGAAAAAAUCGAAGUGCAUGUCGCCGAUGAAACUGGACUCGGUAGUGCUUGUUGUCGGCACGGAGUUGUUUUGGUUGCCGCAAAUUUAAAAACGGGAGAAAAUUAUCGCAUUGUUCAUUUUUUCCAACAUUUCCUUUGGACCAUUGGCUACAUCUACUUCUGCUACGAUGUGAUCUGCAACUAUGAGAAAUUUUUGAAAGAUCUCAUAAAAGUUUCAGAAGGGCAUCUGCUACAUGGAGAAUGGGCGCGCAUGAGCAAAGAAAUGGUUGGUUUUCUUUCUGUUCUCCACGGUAGAACACACACAUGGGAUUGCCAGGUAAUUAACAAUGGCAGAUGGCGUGAAUGGGCUUGCGCGUCUCUUGGCGAGGAGCAAGAGCAAGUUUUUGCUCGUUUUGCCAAGUACGGAUUAGUCACAAAGCACAUGAGCCCUGCAUCUCGUAAUGAUCAUCUUUCAGAAAUGAUUGAAAAUCAUAAUAAGGAAAAAGAUGACGGAAUGGACUAUGCUCUUGCUAAAAGGGCAAAGAAGUUGAUGGAAGUUGAAGAUCGGUGUCUUCACCGAGAUUCGAACCUCGGAUCUUUCGCAUCACCUGCUAACCGGCUAACCAUUACACCACCGUUAUCAUGCGAGGCAAAGGGAAAACAUGGGGCCGUAUGGUGUGGCUCAGAGAAAACUUGUCUUGCUAGGGAAGAGAAAGUCAUACAGACUAAAUAUGAAAUGAAAAACUAUCUAGAAUCUUUAGCGAAAAUCCAUUCCAGGCUUAAAGAAGACAAAGAAAUACAUACUGCAAUAAUUCAGAGCUGGCAGGAAUCACAAGUUACACUGUACCCGAAAUCAAUUCAGACUUACAGAGGUAAGCUUGUUUUGAUCAACACAGAACUUCAACGACUGAAAUUAAAAGUGGCCAGAGCAGUAGCCUUGUUCAGGAGUUACACUUACGGAGAUGAGGCAAAAAAGGAUUCCGACUUUGACUCCGAAAAUUAUUCCGAUUCCGACACUGACUCCAACAGUACUGAAAAAGAUUAUUAG